GGUGUACCAAACUAAACUGUCUAGUUUAACGUCCGUCUUUGGUUGGCAGGAAGUUUAUCUCUAGCAUUUUAGACUUUCCAUGGUUAAUAAACAGAACAAAGUCAACUACUUUUGUGUCUUCGCGAGAAUCCAAGUUGGCCUACAUUCUAUUCUAAAUAAACACUAUCGUGUUUCAGAACUAGAUCUAGUUGGAUCUUAAAAGGGAGAACACUCUAGUGUCAAUCUAAUCCUUGUGAAGGGGAGAUUGGGCCAACGAUGGAGGACGAUGAAAGAGAUGUAGAGGACGACUUUCCAACAUUAGGAGAAUAUAUAGGAGACAGAAAUGAAAAGAAUGAACGUCAUGGCAAGGGGAGAGCACUACUUCCUAACCGUGACGUCUAUGACGGCAACUACAUGUUUGGUAAACGGGACGGACAAGGAGUUUAUAAAUUCAAAAACAAACUUGCUAAAAAUGCUCGCUAUAUUGGAAACUAUGUCCAAGGCAAGAAGCAAGGAUUCGGAAAAUUUAUUUAUCCUGACGGCUCCAGAUAUGAAGGUAACUGGGUGGAUGACCUGAAAGAAGGUCAAGGCAAGUAUUUUUAUGUGAACGGUGACGUGUACUCUGGUGACUGGAGUAAAGGAUUGCGUCACGGCAAAGGAACUUAUACCUACGCUAAUGGAACAAAAUAUGUCGGCUCCUGGUGUAAAGGGAAGUGGGAAGGCUUUGGUGAGUUCCAUUACUGUAACUACAAAUACUGUGGACGUUUUCGAGAUAAUAAGAUGUUUGGUUACGGUAAAUUUGUGUUUGAUGUGGCAUGUGAACUGCAUGGUCAGUAUGUUCUUGACAACAAAGAUGAAAUUAGUGGACUGAUGGAUCUGGCUCAAGAAGCAGCUCUGGUCAUUUUAGAUGAGCAAGAUCGUGGUAUUGGCGAGGACUUCUUGGACGAUGUUGGAGAGACAACAUUGAGAAUGCCGCCCUCCCCGCCUCCCAUUGGACCAACUCACUUUGAAGCUGGCAUGUUGACAGGGCUGCAUGUUAUGACGCCCGAGGAAGAAGAGGAAGCUCGUCUGGUAGAUGAAUUGAAUGCACUCCGGGCAACUGUUGAAGCUCAGAUUGCUGCUAGAAAAGAAGCUGAACUGCGCAGACAACAAGCAGAAGCUGCUAAAUGGGCCAGAGAAGAGGCGGAAAGAGUUACCCUAGAAAUCUUGGCUGAAGGUGCAGACGUGAAUGAGGAGGUGCUGCCAAACGUAGCCCUGAAACAGCCAUCUGACAUCGAGACUGCUGGGACAGAGGAGACGGAGCAGAAAGAGGACAUGCCAGCAGAAGUAUCAGAUCUUGAAGAAGCUGAAUAAGACAGUCCAGGAUCUAAUAGUGAUAGAAACAGUUUUAUAGAGAUGUAUUGGUUACAAAUAUAAUACUAGGCUUGUGUAAUAAUAAAAACAACUCUAUUUCUAUUUAUCUACUAAAAUGUUACUAAAUGGACUGAGUGGUUCCAGACCUAUGCUCCUGAGACACAGAGUGAUACUGACAUAACGGGGUAGUAUACAACAACCAGUUUAUGUCCAAUAACUUUCCAAUGGACAAAAUGUAAAGGAAUAAUAAAAAACAUGUUUAGUUGGUA